AUUCCAACCUGACAAAUACCCCAAAAAAAACCUUUGUCAUUCCAAUUUUAAGGUUAUGCAUGCUCAGUACAUAAAAACAGGAACAACUAUGUGUAAGUUAACGUUGUGAUGUCAGCAUUUUCAAAAGGUCACAGUUUGUGCAUCCACACAAAAACACAGUGGACACUAAUCCACAUGGAAAAAAUGAUACUUGCAGUGUGCAGUGACCUAAAGUUGAACUUUUUAAGGUGAAUUGGAGGCCAAAUUUGUGAAGGUGAGAAGAUGCAUAAAAAUAAAUGCUUCCUGCUGAUUUAUAGUACUACAGAAACAUAAUGUACAGUAAAUACUGUAAUAACCUGUUAGUGUCAGCCUUAUUGAGAAUUGCCUGGCAUCACCAACAUCCUGGAAAUUAACAGGAUGUAUGUACUUCCUCUGAAGCAUGUGAGCCAUGCACAGAGACAGCCAAUCAUGCAUUUUUGCAACAUUUUUCCCCCCCAAAAAUGUUUGAAGAUGAUUUUUCCUUGACAUGUUUCUGUGCUCCUCGGUGUAAAAUUUCAAAUCAAACCAAACCAAUCAGAAGUAAAUAAUAUAGUACAGUAAAACUCAGAUUUAAGGGCAUUUGCACAAAUGUUGGUUUUUGGUUUUAAUGUAAAAAUUAUAAUACUGUGGUUUACAGUCUAGUCCAUGUUAUGGCACCAUAAUAUUUGUAUUUACAUGUGACUAUGGUUACCCAGGCUUGUUUCAUUGGUUUAUUAGUACAGUCAUAAAAUAUAGGCUUCCCUCUAAGCAUUCAAAGACCUUUGGACUCUGUAUAUGUUUUUACCUCAGUACCAAUGGAAGCCAAAGCUAAAAUUAAUAUAUUAACAUAACGCAAAAAUAAUUAGCCCUUGGUAUCAUCUGUCUGGAAAAUUAUUAAAAAAUAACACAGUGUUGAGCUUAAUAAUCACGAAGGGACUGGUAGGCCAAGGAAAACGAUAACUGCUGAUAGGCAAGAGAAUCCCCACUGAUCUUCAGAAAAUGUUCAGUUGUCUGUGCAACAAAUCAACAGCCUUCUGGAGUCUGGUGUGCAUUUGUCAGAAACUAAUAUUCAAAGAAAACCUCAUGAACAAUGUACAGAAUGGCUACAUUGCAGUUAAAAAAAAUACUUGCUGGAAUUCUGAAAAAAAGGUCUUGUAGAUAGAUGAGACCAUUAGAUAACCUGUAUCAGAGUGAUAAUGGAAAGGGCAAACUGUGAAGACAAAAUAGAUCUGCCUACAGUCUAAAGCAUAUCACCUCACAUCUGUGACACAUGACAGGGGGUGUUAUGACUUGGGCAUGUACGAUUUCCCUUUUUCACUUUUGCAUUUUUCUUCAUUGAUGGUGUAACUGAUGAAGGCAGUAGCACAAUGCAUUGUGGGAGCACUUCAUCCUACAGAUAAUGAUCUUAAACCUAUUGCAACAUAAGGCAAAACAGGUGUUUCUUAAUGUAAAAACGGAAACUCUUGCGUGUUACCUAGCAGACAAGCAGGAGCUGAAGAUGACUGCAUAAGAGACUUGAGAAAGCAUCACUUGAGAUGAUAUCCAGCAUCAAGUGAUGUCUACAGAUGGCAGACUUCAAGCAAUCAUUUAAUAUAAGUAAUAAAUACCCAACACUGCUAUGUCCCAAACAUCAUGUUGCCCUAAAUGGGGGAUGUGAAAAAAGGAAUGUACUUCAACAUAGAAACAAUGAAAUAAAGGCAAAUACACUUAAUUCUAUAAAAAUUAAGUCAAGUAUCUUUUUAAAGUAUGGAGCAAAAGGUCAUUUAAAGAAAAAAAGCACACUUUUAAAAGAAGACAACAAAGAAGAAGAAAAAAAGACGAUGAAGAGGACAAAGAAUUCAAUGUCAUAACUGAUACUGAUAUAUGUGUUUAACAAAGAAACUCUUAUUUUUACUCUUUUCUGGAUUAAGUGUGUUAAGUCUAGCAUUAUUCCUGCUCACUAUCCCUUGUGCAUCACAGUUCAGAGGAAACAAAUGCAGCUCUUCUCUGGAACUUCACAGCAGCGUAACCUCUUUUGCAAUCUUACUCUGUGGAGGCGGGAGUUCUUUUAAAAGGGACAGCAGCACAGUGAGCUGAGCAGCAGACUGGGGAAUCUCACCAGGAUCUCCUGAAGAGCUUUUACAUUUAUUUAUUGAAGCUGUAAGGAAUAGAAACUUUUAGAAAACAUGAAUCAGACAAUUCUAGUGAUCACUGUUUUAGCUUGUGUGGCUUUCUCCAUAACAGAGGGUGCAGCUAUAUUUAUUCAGCCUAGGUGCAAAUGUACAGGCACUCAAAAAACACAAAUCAAGACUGAGAAGAUUCAAAACUUUGUGAGCAUUGCUCCUGGACCUCACUGCAAGCGCCUCCAAGUCAUUGCCACUGUGAAACAUAGGCACAUGGAGGUAGAGGUCUGUGUCAACCCCAAUCACAAGUGGGUCAAAGAAGCCAUGGCUAAACUGGAACAGAAGAAAUCUAAGUCUACAACAGUUCCACCACAGCUCCACCACAGCUCCACCACAGCUCCACCACAGCUCCACCACAGUGACAAACUGAUUCAAGAUUCAAACAACAAGAAACAGUGAAAUGCCUGAAAUGCAGUGAAAAGUCUACAACAGUUCCACCACAGCUCCACCACAGUUCCACCACAGCUCCACCACAGUUCCACCACAGCUCCACCACAGCUCCACCACAGUUCCACCACAGCUCCACCACAGCUCCACCACAGCUCCACCACAGUGACAAACUGAUUCAAGAUUCAAACAACAAGAAACAGUGAAAUGCUUAAAAUGACCAAAGAAGUUUGUUUGUUUGUUUGUUUGUUAAUUUAAAUAAAUGUUAUUAACUAUUUAAUUGUGUGAAGACUGCAGUGGCCAGUAUGUGAAAUUAACAUGAAGUUGUAUUGUAUUGUACUGUAGUAGUGUAUUUUCUUCUUUUUUAAGCACUUUAAAUAAUUCCACGUACUUUGUCUUGUUAUUUCUAUUGUUCUAUUAUGUUGUAUUUGGUUACAAAUGUUAAUAAAGUAUUUUAACAGAA